UGUUUUCUUUUGUUUAAUUUGUUUGAAGUUUGAUUUUUCAUCGUCCUCUCCCUUCAAUACAAAAUCCCUAACAACAAAACGACGCCUUUAAAUGACAGAGUGACAGAAUUCUUUUCGCUCUGUUGCCAUUGCAACUGAUAAUUUUCUCAAUCGAAUGAUGAUUCGUGGCCUAUGACUCUUCUUACAUCAGACGCGAAGGGAGUUUAUGGUUUUCGUUAAAUAACGCAAGUCGGCAAACUAGAGAAGAUCGCUAUGUCUCAAAAUCCUGUCGUUGUCGUUUGGGAGUGGGAAAACAGGCAUGGGCAAUGGAGACCCUACAGCCCUGAGGUCACACAACACCUGGAGAGAGCAAACAGCAAGAAUCUGACCAGGGUCAUCCUCAAAGAUGCAGACCCCAUGCUGGACAAGUUCUACGUGAAUUUAAGCCAGAUGCUCCAGUGUUCUGAUGCUCACAGUAUGCCUCAUAGGGUGCGUCGAAGCCUCUUCCUUGGCAAUUCUUUGGCAGGAAAAGGCGCAAAAUGGGAAUGGGAGGGAGAUGGGACUGAUUGGCACACUUACGACAUGGAUGUGCAGACUUCAAUCGAGGAAGCUUGGUCUAAGGGGAUUAUGCAAAUCAACAUUGGCAACAUCUUUCCCUAUUAUCCUUACACUAUUGACUUCAGGAACUUCACACAAAUCAGGAAUGGCUCCGGCUUUGUGAGAAAGGUCAAGAGGGUGCAACAACCUGCCUACCCGAUGACCAAGGUCACUCCUGAAGAGAUGAAGCAGAUUGUUUCCAACCACAAUCGCAUCACUACUGGAUCCAAGUAUGCAACAAGAUCCCAGACUAGCAAAGGUAGUUCCAGCAAUGGAAGUGCUAUUGGUGCAAGCUCAAGCCGUGCAAGUGGCUCUGCCUCUACAGGUGCGACCAAGAAGUCAACCACUAAGAGCAACAAGUCUGCCAAGAAGAGUGGAAAAUCUGAUGGAAAUGAGAAACCCACUGUUGUUCAGAGAGUGACUAGUCUAUUCAGUGGAAGCAAGAACUCAAGUUCCAGCAGCUCCUCGGCUGCAGCCACUGCAUCUUCCUCUGCUUUACCCUCUGCGGCACCACCAUUGCCUUCCAGGGUCAGAGUCCUCACUUCCUGCGUGUCUGCUGGAGAUACAAGUAUGGACUAUGUUUUGGAUGCUGAUUCAAGCAGCACCAAAAGUGGCAGGCGCCACAGUAUUGACACAGUGUCCACCUACCUCAGCCAAGACUCUGGAGAGCCCUCUGCUAGCUCAAGAAGGCCCAUUGAUAGUGACGAUGAAGUCUUCGGAGCAUCCCCACACUACAAUAACUCCAAGAGACACAAGAAUUUGGCUGAGAUAUUUGGAGUUGAUGAGGCAGUGAGCCAAAACCUGAAGUGCACCUACAGUGCUGUCGACGGCCAGUGUCCCGUGUGCUUGAUGGAGCUGAGCGACGAUUCAGAUGAUUCUGACGGAGUAGUCAUUCUAUGUCUCUGCCAACAUGCUCUCCACGUCCCUUGCCUGCAGGCGUUGAUUCAAAACCAAAGCUCUCAAGCCAAGGGCAAGUACUUGCAGUGCCCCUUGUGUAUGAUGAUAUAUGGCCAGAAAACAGGCAACCAACCCAAUGGAGGUAAUAUGACUUGGAAGCAAAUUUCUUACUCUCUGCCAGGUCAUGCUGAUGUUGGAACAAUUCAGAUUACCUACAAUUUCCAAGGUGGCAUUCAAGGACCUGAACACCCUUCCGAGGGAAAACCUUAUUAUGCUGUUGGUUUCCCUCGAGUCUGCUACAUUCCUGCCUCUGAACUUGGAUUUAAGGUUUUGGGCUUGCUAAAAGUUGCCUUUGAUCGUCGCUUGAUUUUCACUAUUGGACGAUCUACUACAACAGGUAUUGAGGAUGUCAUUGUUUGGAACGACAUUCACCACAAGACUGAGCUACGACAGCAAGUCCAUGGCUACCCUGAUCCGCACUACCUGGAAAAUACUCUCCUUGAGCUGGCAGCUCACGGGGUCUUUGAAACUGAUAAAUCCUAAGGUGUAGCUUUGCUAACAGCAUCAAAUAUUGUGCCAUUGGUCUACUUGUAGUGCACAAAAUGAAAUUAACUUUGUUUUUUUUGGUCACAAUUAACUUAGCUGUGCUAUAUUUCUUGUGAAGAUUUUCUUUCCAAAUUAUAGAUUUCGUUGUUUCAGAAUUAAUUUCAUUAAAAUGGAUCAUGGACCUGUAAUAUCGAAUAGGAGAGUACAUAUUGAUUCAAAUGUUUGAUAACUGAUAUUUUCUUUAAAGAGAUUUGCUGAUGCUAAAAGCUUGCCAUAUAAUCUAUGAAAAUCUAAAAGUAUAGAGAUUUAUAUAAAGUAUUUUAAUUUUUAUUACAAAAUACAAAAUAAAAUUUUAUGAUCACAAAAGAGUUUGUCAAAGAAUUAAAGAAUAAAUAAAUA